AAUCCCACGUGACUGGCCCUGAGCUCAGAUCAUCAUGGCGUCUCCCAGUGGGAAGGGAUCUUGGACGCCCGAGGCUCCUGGUUUUGGGCCGCGGGCGCUAGCACGGGACCUGGUGGACUCCGUGGACGACGCCGAGGGGCUUUACGUGGCUGUUGAGCGGUGUCCUCUGUGCAACACCACUCGCCGGCGGUUGACUUGCGCCAAGUGCGUCCAGAGCGGUGAUUUCGUCUAUUUCGACGGCCGCGACCGGGAGAGGUUUAUUGACAAGAAGGAAAGACUAAGCCAACUUAAGAACAAGCAAGAAGAAUUUCAGAAAGAAGUACUAAAAGCUAUGGAAGGAAAGCGGCUAACAGAUCAGUUGAGAUGGAAAAUAAUGUCAUGCAAGAUGAGGAUUGAACAGCUGAAGCAAACCAUAUGUAAAGGAAAUGAGGAAAUGAAGAAAAAUUCCGAAGGCCUCCUCAAGAACAAGGAAAAGAACCAGAAGCUUUACAGCCGCGCACAGCGGCACCAAGAGAAAAAGGAGAAGAUUCAGCGGCACAACCGCAAGCUUGGGGACCUGGUGGAGAAGAAAACCAUUGACUUGAAGAGUCACUAUGAGCGGUUGGCAUGUCUGCGAAGGUCGCACAUCCUAGAGCUCACCUCUAUCAUCUUCCCAAUUGACGAAGUGAAGGCUUCUGGGAGAGACCCUGCAGACGUGUCUUCAGAGACUGACAGUGCCAUGACCUCCAGCAUGGUGAGCAAGCUUGCCGAGGCCAGGAGGACAACUUACCUCUCUGGAAGAUGGGUCUGUGAUGACCACAAUGGCGACACCAGCAUUAGCAUCACAGGCCCUUGGAUUAGCUUACCAAACAAUGGGGACUACUCUGCUUACUAUAAUUGGGUAGAAGAGAAGAAGACAACUCAAGGACCUGACACAGAGUAUAACAACCCUGCCUACACUAUCAGCGCCGCACUGGGCUACGCCACGCAGCUGGUCAACAUUGUGUCUCACAUACUUGACAUCAAUCUGCCCAAAAAGCUGUGCAACAGUGAGUUCUGUGGAGAAAAUCUCAGCAAACAGAAGCUGACGCGCGCCGUGAGGAAGCUGAACGCAGACGUCCUUUACCUCUGCGCAUCUCAGCAUGUAAAUUUAGAUCAGUUGCAGCCACUGCACACACUCAGGAACCUGAUGCACCUGGUCAGCCCGCACUCUGAGCACCUGGGCAGGUCAGGACCCUUUGAAGUGCGAGCAGACCUCGAGGAGUCCAUGGAGUUUGUGGACCCUGGAGUUGCUGGAGAGUCAGAUGCAAGUGGAGAUGAGCCUGUAAGCGAUGAGGAGACUGACCUGGGCACAGACUGGGAGAACCUGCCGAGCCCCCGAUUCUGUGACAUCCCUUCCCAGCCGGUGGAGGUGUCCCAGAGCCAGAGCACCCAGGUGUCCCCGCCCAUCGCCAGCAGCAGCGCUGGUGGGAUGAUCUCCUCCGCUGCAGCCUCGGUGACAUCUUGGUUCAAAGCUUACACUGGACACCGCUAACGAGUGGGGACCAAAAAUGCUGAUUUUGUGCGUCAGAAUCUUUCCCACUGCACUCUUCAUAACCUUGUCUGUGUAGUUGCGAUAGUGCUUGCAGGCAGCUAUCGUCGGGACAAGAUUAGCAGUAGGGCCUGGGCUUGGGGCCUCCUGGGCACCAAGUGUUCCUGACACAUCGUUCUAGGCUUUGGUCAGGUCACAGGAAGCGUUUCCUGGUGAUGAGGAAUGAAAGACAAAGGCUGAGUUUGUUUUUCUGUCAUUCUCUUGAGAGACCGGCCAGCAGGCAGGCCAGCGGCAGUUUUGGCCUCAUCAGGGAGAGGUGGUUGUCUGGGGAGGGAGGAGAUGAAAGCUAUUGCUGUCAGUCAUAGUGUGUCACAUUCCUGAUUUCCUACUGCACACCAAAGAUACCCAGGUCUUUAUUUCUGCGGACCCAUGUCUGCGCAUGGGGACUCUGCUGGGAAGUUUAGAUGUCUAAACAGUUGUCUUGUGUUGGGAAGGGGGAUAAGUCAUGGCAUUCUCUGUUCUGCACUCACUUUAGCCCAGACGAUGCCCUUCCUUUCUCCUUCCCUGGAUGAGCGUGCACAAUGCUGCCUGAGCAUUGGCCGAACACUUGCCUAAGUGCUCACUCACUCGCUAUCUGGUUUCUUCCUCGGCGGCAGUGGUGGGUUAUCUAGCAGGUGUUUCCAGGGACCUCUCCCCGCUUGUCCCUGGGGGUCUUCUGUCCCUGGGGUCUCUAAGGCUCUAAAGACAGCACCUGGUGCAGAGUGUAGCACCGAGCAGCUGUCCCAGGAAGUGCUCAGCUAUCAAGGGAUUUCCCCAGGGGCCUUUCUAAUGACAAUCUUAAGAUAGAAAGCUAUAACAUGAGGGGCAUUAUGUCCAAAUCGUAAGUAGUUCUUUAUUUUAGUAACUUCAAAAAGGAAGUUCUAUGUAACAGAUUCCUGCAAUUCUGUGAGAACCUCCCCCUCCCGUCACCAUAUCUUCCCGGUGUGACUGGUGUGAUGGUACCUCAGCCAGGACUUCAGCAGCCUGCCAUGCCCUGGCUUCUGUUCACUCCCCUGGCUUCUGUUCACUCCCCUGGUUGGUACUCUGCCUGUAGCCUGAGGUGCCAGGGAGCUUUUGCUAUUGGGAGAACUGUGGAAAGGACUCCGUCCUGCCCGGGACCCCACCUUCCCUAGAGAGUCCUACUGUGAGGAGACAGCUGGAGUCUGUUCCGUGCUCAGCUCUGUAACUGCUGGCCUCGUGUUUUGCCACCUGCUUCUAGAAACUUACAGACUGAGUGUGAUUGAAGGAACAAACCCUCUGGAAAGGAAGCUGCGAGCCUGGGAGGAAGCUGCGGAAAGUGCAGAGGUCCCCAGCUCCCGCCUACUGCAGUUAACUACAGAUCCAGGAAGUGCAGGGCUGCAUGGGGGCUUUGUUUUAUUUAGUAUCAACUAGGGGCACUUUUGUCACUUUCUGUCAUGGUAAGUGACCCAGCACGGACAGCCUGGGCUGCUUGAGUAUUCUGCACUGGAUCCACCUGUUGUAAAUAGUGUUAAAUACACACUUCAGCCACUGUCUCCGUACUCUUUGCUGCUCAUAGAAACCUUUUGUGUGGUGCCAGCACCAUACAUACACAGACAGCUUUCUGAGGGAAAAAAAUGAAGCUGGUAUUUUUUUUUUAAAACAGAAGCCAUAGAAGUUGAUCAUGUUUUCCAUUUAAAAAUGAUUUAUUGGGUCGAGUGGUGGUGGCGCACGUCUUUAAUCCCAGCACUUGGAAGGCAGAGGCAGGCGGAUUUCUGAGUUCGAGGCCAGCCUGGUCUACAGAGUGAGUUCCAGGACAGCCAGGGCUAUACAGAGAAACCCUGUCGUGAAAAAAACCAAAAAAAAAAAAAAAGAUUUCUUGGAAGAAGGUAAUACUGAUGGACACUCAGAGGCACCACGCAGGCCGCUUUACAUGGUCUCACAUAGAACCAAGACAUGUAAUUUACCGUGGUACGGGGUCAGCAUUGGGCGGGUUCAGGUAUGCAUUGGGAAAGAACCGUAGUGUCAGAACCCCCGUGCUGGGACUGACACUUCCAAGUCAGGGUGACCGUACAGAUGUUUUCUAAACGUUUGUUGUAUUACUGCAAUAAAGCCUUUACCAGCACCUUG